GCGCUGGAGGGAGGCUGCUGCUGGGCCCGGCCUCCAUGGUGAAGCGGCCAGCCAGGAGGAUGGGCGUGUGGUUGUUUUUAAAUCUUAAGCACCCUUAUAAUAGGCAAUUUCUCCAAGUAGUUCCGGCCAACCUGUGGUGUGCUCCAGAUGUUGGUGGACUACAGAUCCCAUCAUCCCCACCUUGAGCAAGAUGAUGAAUAUGGAGAAGAAGAUGAUGCUGAAGUCCAGCAGGAAUGUUUGCACAAAUUUUCUACCCGUGAUUACAUAAUGGAGCCCUCAAUUUUUAAUACUUUAAAAAGGUAUUUCCAGGCAGGUGGCUCUCCAGAGAAUGUGAUCCAGCUCUUAUCGGAGAACUAUACUGCCAUAGCUCAGACAGUAAACCUGCUGGCUGAGUGGCUAAUUCAAACAGGAGUUGAGCCAAUCCAAGUCCAGGAGACAGUAGAAAACCACUUAAAAAGCUUGCUCAUUAAACACUUUGAUCCUCGAAAAGCAGAUUCCAUUUUCACAGAGGAAGGAGAGACGCCAGCAUGGCUAGAACAAAUGAUAGCCCACACGACAUGGAGGGAUCUCUUCUACAAACUGGCUGAAGCCCACCCAGACUGCCUCAUGCUGAACUUCACUGUCAAGCUUAUCUCUGAUGCUGGGUACCAAGGGGAGAUCACUAGUGUAUCGACAGCCUGCCAGCAAUUAGAGGUCUUUUCUCGAGUACUACGUACCUCUCUAGCUACAAUCUUAGAUGGUGGGGAAGAAAACCUGGAGAAGAAUCUACCUGAGUUUGCUAAAAUGGUGUGCCAUGGAGAACAUACAUACCUCUUUGCCCAAUCUAUGAUGUCCAUAUUAGCCCAAGAAGAGCAAGGUGGCUCUGCUGUGCGCAGGAUUGCUCAGGAAGUUCAGCGAUUUGCUCACGAGAAAGGCCACGAUGCCAGUCAGAUCACUCUAGCUCUGGGAACUGCUGCCUCCUACCCUCGUGCCUGCCAGGCGCUCGGUGCCAUGCUGUCGAAAGGAGCUCUGAACCCGGCGGAUAUCACCGUUCUCUUCAAAAUGUUCACGAGCAUGGAUCCUCCUCCAGUAGAACUGAUCAGAGUUCCUGCUUUCUUGGACCUUUUCAUGCUGUCGCUGUUUAAGCCUGGUGCUAAGAUCAACCAGGAUCAUAAACACAAAUAUAUCCAUAUUUUGGCAUAUGCAGCUAGUGUUGUGGAAACCUGGAAAAAGAACAAGAGGGUGAGCAUAAAUAAAGAUGAACUCAAGUCCACUUCAAAAGCUGUAGAAACAGUCCACAACCUCUGCUGCAAUGAAAAUAAAGGAGCUUCUGAACUUGUGGCAGAUCUAAGCACCCUUUACCAGUGCAUCAGGUUUCCAGUUGUAGCAAUGGGGGUCCUGAAAUGGGUUGACUGGACGGUAUCAGAGCCCCGCUAUUUCCAGUUGCAGACUGAUCAUACUCCAGUGCACUUGGCAUUGUUGGACGAGAUCAGUACAUGCCAUCAGCUACUUCACCCUCUGGUCUUGCAGCUUCUUGUCAAACUCUUUGAGACAGAACACUCUCAGCUUGAUGUUCUGGAGCAGCUGGAACUUAAGAAAACCCUUCUGGACAGGAUGGUUCACUUACUGAGCCGAGGCUAUGUUCUUCCCGUGGUUGGCUAUAUCCGCAAGUGUCUUGAGAAGCUGGACACAGACAUUUCUUUGAUCAGAUACUUUGUGACUGAGGUGCUGGAUGUGAUUGCUCCUCCAUAUACCUCUGAUUUUGUGCAGCUUUUUCUUCCAAUCUUGGAGAAUGACAGCAUUGCAGGCACCAUUAAGACAGAAGGCGAGCAUGAUCCUGUCACAGAGUUCAUAGCUCAUUGUAAAUCAAACUUCAUCAUGGUCAACUGAAGCAGAAAAAAAGAAGCUAACUACUGAUCCUGUGGAUUACCCUACUCUGAGUGCUGCAGUAUAUAGGAUAAUACAAACAGCACUGAACAAAGAAUGAGUCUGCUGAUCCAUUUUAAAGAACAACAUGCUGGCUGUCUGGCUUGUGACUUCAAGCAUAAAAUCUGUAGUGUUUGCUUAGCAAAAUGGAAGAAAUGUGAUGCAAGAGUUAGCAAUGUUACUCUUUAGAGCAGGCCUGCUCAACUUUGCACCCCCCCAGCUGUUUUUGGACUACAACUCCCACAAUCCCCAGUCACAGUGGCCAGUAGCCAGGGAUUAUGGGAGUCGUAGGCCAACAUCUGCAGGAGGGCCGAAGUUACCCUCCUGCUUUAGAGGCUUCCUUGGGAAUUGCAUUUUUUCAGUGUGUGAUGGAUUGUUUUCAAUAUGUAUGGCUGGCUAUUCUAGGAUUUAAAAUGGGGAAUUGCCUCAACAUCACCAGCAAGUAACUUUUGCAAAUGGAAAGGUGUUGCAGAACUAGUUCAUCCACACUCUUUGGUCUUUGGUCAUCGUAUACACAACUGUGGGGUAACUGACAACAUUAUUUAUUUGCCUUUGAGUAAUGAAUAUCAUAGAUGUUAGUCAUCCGGUUAAUGACACUGGCUUACAUGAUGAGGAAAAUUACUCAAAGUAAUUUGCUUGAAAUUAAACGGGCAAGUUAGGCAAUGCCUUCUUUGAGUAACUUUCCUCCUCAUGUAAGCCAUUGUAACUUGUGAACCAACCUUAAGUUAUCGGUCACAGAAUAGCUAUGGUACCCUUUGGGUUUUCAUUUCAUUUCAGAGAGCAGUUGUAAAUAAUUGCUAAAAUGUUGACUUCUGCAAAACUUUUGUGCAUCACAAAUGGUUAUCGCUAGUUCUCUGCAGAUGCUGGUGAAGAAACACAGGUAUCUGGUGUUCUUAAACUGUUAACCAUUAUUGGUAAGCUUCAUUACCUUAAAUUUGUCAGAAUGCGACAAAUUUAAGGUAGCUCUAUAUAACCUUUCUUAAUACUGCCUUGUCAUCACCUGUUCAGAACGAAAAGCUGGAAGCAUAACUUAUACUUUUUAAUAAGCUCGCAUUUAGCUAUAGAAUGUUGCUUUAUUCCAUCAA